GGAAGUAAAACAAGAGAAGCAAGGAAGCAUUUUUCUGUGUUAUGUGUAGCGAUCCUCAAACCUUCUCUCUUCUUUCAUAACAUUCAAAUGGACAUUGAUUUCAAAGACUACCAAUUGCGCUGCGAGCUUCGGGGCCACGAAGACGAUGUUCGCGGAAUAUGCGUUUGCGGCAGCGAGGCCAUUGCGACCUCGUCGAGGGACCGGUCGGUUAGGUUGUGGUCUCUGGACAGCAACCGCAAGUUCGUAAGUUCCAAGAUUCUUUUGGGGCACACGAGCUUUGUGGGACCCUUGGCAUGGAUUCCCCCGAAUUCGGAGUUUCCGCUUGGUGGGAUUGUGUCUGGCGGCAUGGACACUCUGGUCUUUGUCUGGGACUUGAACACUGGUGAGAAGGUUCAUACUCUCAAAGGCCAUCAGUUGCAGGUCACUGGCAUUGUGUUUGAUGAAGGGGAUGUUGUGUCCUCUUCUGUUGACUGUACCUUAAGGCGGUGGAGAAAUGGGCAAACUGUAGAGACGUGGGAAGCUCACAAGGCACCAGUCCAAGCAGUUAUAAAGUUGCCAUCAGGAGAGUUUGUUACUGGUUCAAGUGACAGUACUUUAAAGCUUUGGAGAGGAAAAACUUGCGUACAUACCUUUGAAGGACAUUCAGAUACAGUUCGUGGCUUGUCUGUGAUGUCUGGUCUUGGAAUCCUAUCUGCAUCCCAUGACGGUUCUCUUAGAUUAUGGGCAGUAAGUGGUGAAGUGUUAAUGGAGAUGGUUGGUCAUACUGCUAUUGUUUAUUCAGUUGAUUCACAUGCAUCGGGACUUAUUGUCAGUGGUAGCGAAGAUCGUUUUGCCAAAGUUUGGAAAGAUGGAGUUUGUGUUCAGAGCAUAGAACAUCCUGGUUGUGUUUGGGAUGCAAAGUUUAUGGAAAAUGGGGAUAUUGUGACAGCAUGUUCAGAUGGAGUCGUACGCAUUUGGACUGUAGAUCAGAAUAAUGUUGCUGAACAGCAUGAGCUUGAUUUAUACACUUCACAACUUUCUCUAUACAAAUCUAGUAGGAAGAGGGUUGGAGGAUUGAAAUUAGAAGAGUUACCAGGCUUGGAGGCACUAAAGAUCCCGGGAUCAACUGAUUGCCAGACAAAAAUAGUGAGAGAGGGGGAUAAUGGGGUGGCAUAUGGAUGGAACAAGAGAGAACAGAAGUGGGAUAAAAUCGGUGAAGUUGUUGAUGGACCUGAGGAAUCAAAUCGCCAACUGUUUGAUGGUAUUCAGUAUGAUUAUGGUCAGUUUUCUUUGCUUCCCUGAACACUUAAUUAG